UUUUACAACGAGUAUUAGUUCAGCUACAGAGUCCCCCAAACUUCAACCAUAAAAUCAAAAGAAUCGUCAAGAAAGAUAUAGAUAAACGUUAUAUGACCAAGACAGGUCAAACCAGUAACUAUCAAUUCCCAACAACGGCGAAACCAAUUAACAUCUACAAGUACAUCGAACAAAAACCCGCUGGUAACGGGACGAUAGCAUAUGAAAUGGCUAGAUACAAGCGUUUCCUAGCAACGCAAGGGGCAGUCUGUCAAGAUAUCAGGAGAAUAGGUGGUGAGCGAUCAGAGACAACGAUUGAACCUCGUCCUUUUGGAGCUGAUGGUGCAUGGGAUGUAUGUUUUGACACCAAUGUUGGACUAAUACCGGGUUCGUGUAUUGUGUAUUCGUUUGGGAUUGGUAGAGAUUUUUCUUUUGAUGAUGGAAUGGCAAAUUAUGGGUGUCACGUGUUUUCGUUCGAUCCUACCAUUGGUCAGCCCGAUCACAGACGUCCAAAUGGAGUAGAAUUCUUUAAUAUCGGUUUGUCUAGCUUUGAUCAAGAAGGAAGUGGGAAUAAUAGCGAGAAAUUACCAAAAUCCCAGUGGAAAACAAGAACUUUAGCUUCUGUCAUCAAUGAACUCGGUCAUGAAAAGGGUUUUAUCGAUAUUGUCAAGAUGGAUAUCGAGGGRGACGAAUGGAAGUGUCUACGACAAAUGUUGAAGGAUGGAACUCUACGUCGUUAUGUACGUCAGUUAAGCAUCGAAUUGCACUUGUUUUUCAAAAGCUCUCAACGACUAAGAAAGUAUUAUAGUAUCGCUCGUUGGCUUCACCGACAGGGUAUCAAGGUGUCGAGCCUACAUCAAAACCCAUAUUGUCCAGAUUGUCUAGAGAUAAAUUUCAUAAAUACAAGACUUCCCUAUGAUCGCGGCGGGAAUUAAGAUAACUACUAGAGCGGUUUUCGUAUGACUGUGGUGAACGUGCUGCCAUUUACGCAUGCCUUGCCGCGAAGGCGAUGUUUUAUGGAAUUUUUAUUUCCUUUUUUUAAUUUUUUUUUCUCGCGUAAUGUGAUUAUUAUGUGACAGUGCAAUGGCCUUUGGUGGAACCAUGUCCAAGUUGUAUUCGUGCAAUUUUCAAGUUCAGGUAUUUGGUUGGAUGGAGAGUAAAGCCUGGUUCACAAAAGAGCAACGCAAACGCAAGCGGAAGCAAAAUUAGGUGUGGACUACAGAAACGCAAACGCAGUGAAUGGAAACUUAUUCAUUCUAUUGAACCCUUGCAGCACUUAGGUUCCAAUUGUCAGGAGAUUGGAAUUCUUUUGUUUUGUCCCCCAUAUCGAGCUGCAUGCUUUGACGUCACAUGAAUAGGAUCUGUUGUGCUUGCGUUUGAAUUUGCAAUUGCGCUUUUAACGUGUGAACCGGGAAAAAAGCAAACGCAAACAAAAUUUCUUCUAUCUUCCGUCGGAUCUGUUUUGUUUAUCACUUGAUCCAUUUGAUUGGCAGGUUGGAUCAGUUGCAGGUGUCAUAGUUGGUUUAUGAUGGUUGCUUGUAUUUGAUUGGUUGGAUCUGUCUUGUUUAUCACUUGAUCCAUUUGAUUGGCAGGUUGAAUCAGUUGCAGAUGUCAUAGUUGGUUUAUGAUGGUUGUUUGUAUUUGAUUGGUUGGAUCUGUCUUCUUUAUUACUUGGUCCAUUUGAUUGGCAGCCUCGGCUUCAGUGUAUCAUUCAUGUCGAGUGGAGGGGCAAUACGAUUCUUACGAGCGAAAGGAAACAUUUUCUUAACUUCAUUUCUGAAUCGGUGGUUUCUCCAGCCAUAUACUAAAGGAUUUACUGCAGAGGAACAGCACAUUAGAGUAAAGGAGCAUUCUGUAGCAAGUUUAAUGGUCGAGUUGAACAUGAUCAAAAGAGUUAUGGGCAGAAAGGCCAACACAAACGUACCAACAAUGACGAAGGCGGUUUUAGAGGCGUUGUUUUCGAACUCAAUCUUCGCAAGCUUGUAGUUGAAAGACAGUGAGUUAUUUUGACGGAUAAUUUUUUGCCUCUCUUUUCUUGAUACGUAGAAGAUUUUGGCAUACAUGGAAAUAAACAGUAAAACGGCACAGAUCCUGAUAUGAGGGGUGAACUGUUUGAAAAUAGUCAAUGUUCGCAGCACACCUUCGAUUAUUGACAGGACCCAGAUGAAACCGAUACAAAACAGGACAUUCCUCUUGGACAUAAUGGACUUGUAUCUCAAUGGAUAGAAGAUGGCAACUACUCGAUUUGCGGUCAUUAAGAGAAGAUUAUUGAGCGAUGCAUAGAGCGAUGUUGAAGUAACAAUAUAGUAGAAGACCAUAAAGUGCUUGCUGGUAAAACCAAUCAAACUGAGGACAUAAAUAGGCUGAGUGAAGACACAGACCAGAAGAUCUGCUAUAGAAAGACUGACGAUACAGAAGUUGACUCCUGCUUGAAGAAGAGGGUUUUUCCACACAGCCAAGCAAGUGACUGUAUUGCCAAUGAUACCAAGGACACCGAACAGGACAUUGACAACUGCAAGUAUGAUGACAGCAAGCAACCCUAUCUGACCUUCAACUGACGAUCGAUCGGCCGCCAUAUCAAGAGUUCCAACAAUAUUGGUUAAAGUUAAUCGAAAAAUCUCCAAAAAACGAUAAAGAACACCAGUGAGUAGAAGAGUUAGGCAACUGCGAAGUCUGUGAAGAAGUUCUUCUGCAUUUCCUAUAUAUAUUUUUAUAUCUUUAUUCUUGUGGUUCCAUUAGGAAUGACAAUAUUAGAUACGGAAAUUAGGAUAAAACGAGAAAAGAAAAGAAAAAUGAACGCAUUAGUUUUUCUUUUCUUGGGUUUUUUUUUUAAAUUUACUAAAACGA